AUGUCAGACAGAGAGAGGAGCCGCUCGAGGACCCGCAACGGGUCUAGGGAGCCGGCACCAAAGCCUGCGGUCAUGUCUCGUGGCCAUAGCCGAAGCCGGUCGCGCACGCCUCCCCCGCCAAAAGCGUCCAGUAGGAAGUACAGAAGCCCGUCCCGCUCGAGGUCGGGCUCGGCGCGCCGCUACCGCGCCAGCCGCUACUCGCGCUCCCGCUCCCGCUCGUACUCCCCGCGCGGCUCCUACCGCCGCUCACACUCGCAUAGCCCGAUGUCGUCACGUAGACGGCAUCUCGGUGAUCGGGUGAGGCUUUUGGAAAAUCCUACGCCAUCGAGAUGUCUCGGAGUGUUCGGCCUCAGUCUCUACACUACUGAACAACAAAUUCAUCACAUAUUUUCAAAAUUUGGACCAGUUGACAAAGUUCAAGUUGUCAUUGACGCCAAGACUGGACGCUCCCGCGGUUUUUGCUUCGUGUAUUUCGAGUCCCAGGACGACGCUAAGGUGGCGAAGAACGAGUGUACCGGCAUGGAGAUAGACGGACGGCGCAUACGAGUAGACUACUCCAUCACACAGAGGGCGCACACACCCACACCCGGGAUAUACAUGGGGAAACCCACGCAUGUACGAGGAGAUAACGGCUACGAUAGACGCAGGGACAGAGAUCCCGCCCACAGCGACUACUACUACCGCGGCGGCGGGUACCGCGAGCGCGAGCGCGACUACUACCCGCGCGGCUACCGGCACCGCUCGCCCUCGCCGCACUACCGCCGGCGGCGCUACGACCGCGAGCGCUCCUACUCGCCGCGUAAGUCUUACUACCACCCCUAG